AUGAGUUUGAGAUCAAGUCUUAAGGCAAUUUCUGCGCUGCUAAUUCUAGCACAUGUUGCAGAAGGAGCCGUUUUCGAUGUAACAAAAUAUGGUGCCAGGCCGAACGCUGAUUUAAAGCCGGCUCUGUUGAAAGCUUGGAGUUUGGCAUGUUCGUCGAGAACUCCAAGCACGGUCAUGAUUCCAGCAGGCACAUAUCCGUUAAGUCCGGUGAUCAUUCAAGGUCCUUGCGUUGCUCCUGUCGGGGUUCAGCUCAGAGGCACCCUGAAGGCCCCUCCUCUCAGUCAAAUCACUACUGAGAGCUGGGUUGCUUUCCAAAGAAUUGAUCGCUUCACCCUAUCCGGUGGUGGAAUUUUCGAUGGCAUGGGUGCCGAUGCUUGGAAAAAAACUAUUGAUUGUAGCACAAACACGAAAUGCAAACGUCCCACCAGUAUAAGGUUCAACUUCGUAAAGAAUGCUGUGAUCCAUGACAUAACUUCCAAGGACGCCAAACAGUUUCAUAUUACUGUUUUGGGAGGCAAUGACGUGACUUUUCAAAGACUCACCAUUGUUGCACCAGAAGCUAGCCGAAACACUGAUGGAAUCCACAUUGGACGUUCGAUCAACAUAAAAGUCCUCGAUUCGAGAAUAGGGACCGGGGAUGACUGUGUGUCCAUUGGCGACGGAGCCCAACAAGUUAAGGUCGAAAGAGUGACCUGCGGACCCGGCCAUGGCAUCAGCGUUGGGAGUCUCGGCAAGUACGCAAAUGAGCAACCUGUUUCCGGAAUCAUAGUCAAGGACUGCAGCAUCAGCAAAACAAUGAACGGAGUAAGAAUAAAGACAUGGCCUGGAUCCCCUCCUAGCACUGCCUCUGAUAUGCAUUUCGAGAAUAUUACCAUGACAAAUGUUGGGAACCCCAUCGUCAUCAAUCAAAACUACUGCGAUGUCAGAUUAAAAUGCCCACCCAAGCCUCCAUCUAAAGUUAAGAUCAGCAAAGUGAGCUUCAAAAACAUUAAAGGCAGCUCGUCAACCGAAGUUGGUGUCAAGCUUGUUUGUAGCAGUGCUCUGCCGUGCGAAAAUGUGGAGUUAGGUAACAUUCAGCUGACAUACAAUGGACGCGCUGCCAAGUCCGAACUUGCAAACAUUAAGCCGAUUACUUCUGGCAGAAUAAACGUUGCACUGACCGGAGCUUAA